AUGGCAGACAACGCGGCAAACAUAUGCAAAGCUUUUAAUUUCGACGACGAAAUUGUGGAUCCGUGGCAAAUUUUUGUGAAACUUGGGGAUAUUGAUAAUGGGGUCAGACUGUCUGACCCCACAGAUUCCGAAACUGAAGCGGGGAGCCAAGAAGUUGUAGCAGAGAUUGAAAUUCAAGCGGAGGAGGCUGAAGAUGUGGAGAUAUUUGACUUAACAAAUGAUUUUGUUGCACACGAUGUUGAAAUAGACUUGAAAGGAGUAAAACGUCUUCGUUCCCUCGCACACACCGUCCAGCUAGCUAUCAAUGACGCUAUCAAGCAAGAUGAUCAAGUCAAACAGAUAGUCCGGUACAUGAAUUCAAUCAUAAGAAUAUUUCGAAAAUCAAACUUAAUGAGUGACGAGCUUGCAUCGAAAACCAAGAACCAGGUCGUCCCGAUUGGCCAGACCCGCUGGAACUCUAUCCUUUUUGCAGCCGAGAGAUUGCUCGAGGAGGAUGUUUUUAUCGCAGUCCAGCAAGCAUUAAUUGAGGCGAAAAACAAAAGCCAGCGAGUUACAAUCCCAGACCCUCCUUCUGUACAUCAAAAAGCCUUAAUUUCAGAAAUGGUGGGAUAUUUGAAACCCUUACAGAUCCUGACCGAUAGGUUUCAAGGGAACGCCGUAAUGUCUUCACGGGUUAUUAUGACCAUUAGAAAGGCUGUCUAUGAUAUUUCGCAAUCGUCCCCCAAGGAACUUCUAAGCUUCAAGAAAUUAUUACUCACAAAUAUGGAGUCCCGAUUCAACAGCGUCAUGAAACAGGAAGCUUAUAUUCUUGCUUCGCUGUUGGACCCUAGGGUGAAAACUAAGCCAUUUAGGAUGAUCCUCCCUUUCGCUCCAACCCUUACUGAAGACGAAGCCAAAGGACUGUUAAAAAUCAAACUCACCGAGUUGUUACCGGAAAUUUGUGAGGAGGAUCCCGUUCCAUCCACGUCAUCUGAAAUAUCUCUUCAUCAAAACUCGUGCGACGAUGAUAUGGAUUUCAUGAAUGUUUGCUCGACAACACCCACCACGUCGACUCAGGAUGAAAUGAGUUACAUUAAUGAACCAUGUAUCGGAAAAGAUGACGACCCGUUGGUGUGGUGGUCACAUAACGCCGUUCGUUUCCCAAAACUGUCGAUUUUGGCUCGUCAGUUCUUAUCAAUUCCGACGAGCUAA